AAAGGACUAUUAAAUGUUGAUUGCAGAUAAAAAGAUGUGGCAACAGCUUAUGUGUCUAAUUGUGUCUUGCAACUACAACAAUAAGCUGCACAUCUUAUCGGACAGAUUGGAUGAUGUUCAUGUUACCACUGUAUUAAAUCCACCAUUCGUGGCACUCAAACCCAACAGUGAGAAAAUGAUUGGAAAUGACAAGUACGAAGGAUUUGUACCCGAUAUGCUGAAAAAACUGACGCAGAUCCUAGGAGUGAACUUCUCGAUAAAUCUAGUCAAAGAUGGAAAGUAUGGAAAAUGCAACCAUGGAAACUGUACUGGUAUGAUUGGAGAAGUAAAGAGAGGUAAAGCAGAUCUCGCCAUAGCUGACAUAACUAUUUCACCCUUACGUGUUCUAAAUGUUGACUUCUCUCAGCCCUUUAUGACUGGUGGUAUCACUACUCUGGUGAAGAACCCUGAACCUAAUAUUAGAACUGUAGAAGAUCUGAUAGCAAAUGGAUAUCGCUUUCUAUCCUAUUGCUGUGGAUCAACUGAAAGAUUUUUUAGAACAAGCAAAGUCAGUCUUCAUGAAAGGAUAGCAAAUAAUCUGGUAAAAGUGGACAGCAAUUCAGAAGGAGUUGACAGGGUAUUAAACUCAGAUGAAAAAUUAGCUAUGCUUAUUGAAGAAAGUAGUGCCAAGUGGCAUGCUUCUCAGGACUGUAGUUUGAAAGUAGUUGGUGAAUCAAUGAACUCAGUAGGUUAUGGAAUAGGAAUGGCCAAGGGAAUUGCUGUCAAAACUGCAGAGGGAGUGUUUGAAGUCAGAACCCUGAUAGACCAUGCCAUUCUUCAAAUGAAAUAUGACUCCACCUUAGAAUUAUUGGAGUCAAAAUGGUGGCCUAAGAAGUGUUGAACAAGAAUUAGAUGAUUAAAUGAAACUGCUGUAAAAACGAUAGAUUUAUUAUUUUUACAUUAUUACAGAAUAUAAUAAAUACAAUUUGAAUUUA